UCUUUUGAACAACUCUACCAUAACCAGCCAAUGAAAGUGGUGUGAACUGGCUGCAAAAUGGUCUUCAAAAGAUCAGAAUAUGGGAGGGUAUUCAAGGUCCAAAAUCAUGUAAAAAACAUACCCACAUACUAUGACAAUUUAACAUACAGGAAUCAGCGUCGAGAACUUGAAAGCGCCCACACAUCAAUAGCAUGGGUUGAGUCUGACAGUAGUGAAGAAACAGCAGAGAAAGAAAUUUCAAAGGAAGAAAUAAAAAUAGCAGAACCACCAAGUGCUGCUGUUCCUGUCUCUGACAAACAACAAAAGCCUGAAAAGGAAUCUGUUUGUAAGUCUGAAGAAAAAAUUCAGGGUGGAAAAACUACAGAACCUUCCCAAGAAAGCAAAGAUGAGUUAGAUAUUAAGAGGCAGUCCAAAGAAGAAGAGCAACUGAAGAAAGAUGCAAGAGGAAAGCUUGCCAAGUACACAAGUAAAGAAAACACUGAUGUACCAGGACGCAAAAUAAAAAAUGUUGAUCAGAAAGCAAAAGAGAGAAAGGAGCAUGAAAAGCCUAGCUUUAAUCUCCGACCAAAGAAAGUUGAUGAUAAAACAUUUGUCAACAAAGUGAAUAUUCCAGUGAAACCUGGAGUGUCUAAAUCAAGAUCAGGUGCACGUCCAAAGUCUGCUCCCUCUGCCAGGCAGUCUGAACCAGCUAGGCCAAGACCACCAUUCCUACCUUAUGGUUGUGGUGACUCCGAGAGGGUGACAGGAACACAGAGAAGCCAUAAUGUUCUGGCUUCAACAGAUGUUUAUCCUGCAGCAAUAAAAGCUCAUAAAAAGCACGUUGAAGAAUCAAUAAGACGCAAAGAUGCAAAUGUAAAAGCUGCUAAGGAGGCAAAGAAAAGGAGACAGUUAUUUAGAGACAAAAUGCUUCGCGAUGCUGCAUUCUGGAAAUCUGAAUAUGGCUUCAGGUAUCCUGCUCAUCCAACAUCAGAGUAUGCAAAGAACUGUGAUAAGCCAAAACGUUGUAGAAGUGCAUUUGGACUUGUGUGAAGUUUUUCUUUUUGAGAUCUGAUAGAUAUUUUCUCUGUAGAUUUAGACACAUUGCUAGAGCAUUUAAGGUUAGAAAAAAAAGUUACAUGGUGUCUUUUGGCUGCUGAUCACUGACUAUAAGAGAACAGAAAGAAUUUUUGAAAUAGUUUUGUAAAAAUUGGAGAGUUUUAAAAAAAAUGUUUAUGUACACUGUAUAUCAUUGUUUCAACAAGUUAUUUUAAGUGUCAUUAGUAAAUGAUUUAUAUACAAAAUAAUGUUUUUAUCAAAAUUGUAUGUAAGCAUUUUUUUGUGGUGAAGGCGUUACAUGGACAUAGUGAGUGCCAUGAUAUUUGUACAUAUGUGUUAUUUACAUCGUAGUCAAAUAUUACUGUGAUAUCAGCUGUUUCAUAUUGUUUUGUUGAAAGUUUGUGUUACUUGGAAAAUAUUUAUGUGUACAAGUUUGUUAGUUCGUUAAACUGUUUGUUAGUGUGUAUGAAAGUGUGUGAAUCUGAUCACAAAUUUAUAGAUAACUUGAUUUAUAGAUAACUUGAUGGCAUCAAAGUUUCGUGAUGAUUUAAAUUCCAUAGGGCUGUAUAUUGUACCAUAGAAGAUCUUCAGGUCUGUACACUUAUACAUAAACCAGGUGAGAACAGUUAAAUGGAUCAGUGUUAAGGUAAAUUUUAGAGGCUUUGAUAAGUCAUUUGACAUUUCAAAAUCUGAAUAUUUAUGAAACUUUCUAGAGAUGGAUAACAUGAUUCGAAAAAUGAUCUUUGACAAAUGUUUUAAAGGUCACAAACUUAGUAAGGGGGUCUAAUCUCUAACCUACCAAUUAAAGCACAUGGUGUUUUGUUCCAGACAGUUAUAACAGUGCAUCAAUCUACACAUGGUAAACAGAGUUUACAAAAAGAAGGGGGGGGGGUGUCAAUGUACGAGUACAUAGUUCUUUUAUUAUUGUCAUAGAACUUUUGUUGAGCUAAAUGAAUAUUGUUUUAAUCAGUCAAUAUAACAAAGAAAAUCAACAGGCCUGAGGUUACAGCUAAAACGUUAAGAGAUUGCUGAAAAGUGAAUUGAAAUUGUAAUUCUAACUGAAAAUCCAGGAAACUAGCAUAAAAUAUUUAACAAACAUGAGUUUCAUAAAAAUAAAAUUGCAUUCUAUAAUGCUCCUUACAAAAACUACAAUACUCAUUUGUCAUUUUGUGUGAUCAGAUAUGUGAUGUAAAUGUACAUGUUUUAUGUGUGUAACAUAUACUUCAGUGAAGCUAGAGGCUCGUUUUCCUUUUCUUUGAUAUAAUAGUGUAGUCAUUGGAAAGAAAGUGUAAGGAUUGAUGCCAGCCAUUAUUGUUAUAAGUAACUGAAGAAUAUGACAUUGAAUGCCAAUUAACUGUGAUAUAUCAAGAAUUUUGUCAAAACACAAAACAAUGUUUUAGAAAUAUUUGGAAACAAAGACUUGAUCUUAACUAUAAAUUUGAAGUUUAUUUAUGAUAAUCAUAUACAUGAUGAACAGUCCUUUCAAAGUGUUAUGUCGCCCGUUUUUUAUUCUAAGUUAUCAAAGUUCAAUGUGUAGAGGAUAAAGUGUAAGUAUAGAGUGUCAGGUGAGUGGUCUGCCUGUAUUCAACAUGCUCACUUAAGGUGAACAUGUCAGAUCAUUCUGGCCAGUUUAUACCACAAUGUACAACUGAAGGAUACAGAAUUUGUCAUGGGUAUAAUGUGAUCUUCAUUUAACAGGAAAUCACUCAUUUUUGUCAUGCAUCUAAAAUAUGUAUAUUUGUAAAGAUUUGAUUGAACAGAUUCAUGCAAAGAACUGUAUGCGUACAUGUAUAUAUAUAUGUGUAGAGUGUUGUAUAAGUCAACAUUUAUUUACAUACAUGUGUGUAUAUAUAGAUGUCUUGUGAUCAGCAGAAUUUAUGAGAAAUUUACGCCUAAACAAUAUAUCAAACUCAGGACCUCAUUUCAAUUAAAACUUAUGCUGGGAUGAAUUUUUCAAAACUAACUCCAUGGAAAUUUGCUGAUAAAUAUUAACAAAUACAACACCUGUAGUAGAAAUUGAAAUAUAAACUUUGCCAUUUAUUUUAGAAAAUAUUGACUAUUUAUUGUUAGCUAAGCUUGACAUAAUUGUAUAAUAGGUAUGUACUUCACAAUGCAGCUAUUUUAAUGCUAAAUAAUUAC